CGAUUUCCAAACAAUAAUACAAAGUGACCACAAAAUCCAGAGUGUUGAGCUAUUUUCACAGUCACUUAAACAGAUGUGUUCCGUUUUAAAAUGCAUUUUUCCAUCUUAUAAUAGUUAUUGUUUGAUGAAGAAUAUAUCUAAUAGGCAAAGUUUUUUAUUUAUAGUCUUAAAAUGUCCGAAUGGGCCGCAAUUCAAUUGUUUCUAUUGAAACACAUUUAAUUUUGGAGAGCCUUAUCACGCAUGUUUGCACAUGUCACUUUAAAUUUUUUUUACUUACUUACUCACACAAAAACCCGGUCAAAACUCCGAUGGAUUUACCGUUCUUAUUUAUAGAACAUGUUAUCAUUAGCCUGUACGGAAUAAACUAUGCAGGAUCGGUUUAUGUGGAUUGUGUGUGUGAUUAUAUUUUACGAAGCAGGUGUUUCAGCCAUACAAAUAGACGGUCCAUUGGAGCCCCCAGAUGGAAGUAACGUAAGCCUUACAUGCAUUGCUAAGGGCAGUUUUCGUUUCACGCUUCUAAAUUCCGAGAAUGUUCGGACCGCUAUCGGGGAAUGUACAGCAUUUGGCGACUGCUACUUAUACAGCUCUGCACUUACAGGCCAAUAUGAGAUAACCAAAAACGAUGAAGAGGCGACACUUACAAUCUUCAAUAUUGACAGAUACAGAUUUGGCAUGUAUUCCUGCUCAGCAUUAUUCAAUGCCACUCUGUCUGACAGCAUAUAUAUUCAACAAAAGCCAGAGUCAAUGGAUUUUACAAAUACGUGUACAACUUGCCGCCGGCAUUCCCUGUUGUUACCAUUGACUGUGUUGAUUUUAUGUUGCAAUUAUACUUGUAUAUGAAUGUUAAAGGGAUUCGUGGUCUUACAGUGUUCUCAUUUAAUAACGGAUAGACAAACGGUUGCAUUUAAAUUUAAUAUACGCGAAGAUCAGCCCUUAUCUUGUUCGAAUUCAUAUAAACUUUAUUUCAACACUGGUUUGUAACGAUACAUUUUAACACAUGAAUGGGUUUACUUCAUAUCAAAUAAUGUAUUCUGACGCACUGCAUGCCUGUUAUAAAUAUGUGAAAUAAAAGAACUUCUGAUAUGGAUGUGACACAAUGUCGUUCUCGCGUAAGGAAGUUGGAGUUCACGUUAAAUAGAAUAAGUUGUACGAACAAUAGAAAGCACGUCCCUUAUUUUGUAACAUAACUCUUAAAGGGAUCUUUUCACGCUUUGGUAAAUUGACAAAAUUGAAAAAAGUUGUUUCAGAUCCGCAAAUUUUCGUUUUAGUUUUGAUAUUUGUGAGGAAACAGUAAUACUGAACAUUUACCAUGCUCUAAUAUAGCCAUUAUAUGCAUCUUUUGACGAUUUUAAAAUCUAAAAAUUAUAAAGCGUUGCAACGCGAAACGAUUGAAUAAUUUGGAGAGUUCUGUUUUUGUCGUUAAAUUUUGUGAAACUACGAAGAUUGCUUAUAUAAGGUAUAAAAUACGUCAUGAAUGUGUACUCGGCGGAAUAGCUCAGUAGGCUAAAGCGUUUUUACUUCAGGACUCUGGCAGGACUCCAGGGGUCACUGGUUCGAAACCUGCUCCGGGCAAUGUUCUUUUCCUUUUUUAAUUUUAUUCUUGAUUUUUUACUGGUGCUUUUACGAUCCAAUGUUUACAUUUAUCAAUAUAAAGCAUUUAAUGAAUAAGUUAAAAAAAUGCCAAAAUCUGUGAAAAGGCCCCUUUAAAACGAUACGAGUAUACAUGUAGUAGCUGGAUCUAUGUUGACUCGAGGCUGGACAUUGAUGCCGUCGUACAUCUGGUGGAGUGUCUAUGCUGUUAUAGAUUGAAUACAAAGCGCUAUAGUGAACAGCAAUAUCAUGCUAACAUACUUUCCCUUCCAUAUUAGUGCGUUUUUUUCUGUCAACAAACAGUGUCUUCAUGCAACGGACUAAUGCAGAAAUAUAAUAUUUACUUGCAAUGUUAUCCCUUGAGGAAAUAUUUUCAUUUCUGUCCAUGGCGUUUCUUUGCAUACAUCUGUUUAGGUGUGCGCAUAGUUCAAUUUAAAUGAAGUUGGACAGUUGGCAUACUACAGUUACAUUGACAACCAAGAUGGCGUCCAAAAUAUGGGGUGUUAUUAUAAAAGUAUCACAUUGUCUUGUUGUAACAGAUACGCGAAAUUUAUACCAAUAGCUAAAUAUUAAAUUUGUAUAAUGACCAAAAGACAAGUUCCUUUAAGCUACAGAAGUUCAAAGGGCAUUACGCAAUUGUUCCAUUUAAUUUCCUCUUAAUGUUUUCAUAUCCACUUGUAUGGUCACUUGUCAGUAUUGUGAGCAUGGAAAUGAAUCAUAUCGACACAGAUGUUUGCAUAUGUUUCAGUAUAAAACUAUAUUCAUGUUUAAUUCGUUUUAUUCAAAACUAGAGAUCACAAUAAAAUCAAUGUUGUAAUAGUGAAAGCACAUAGUUAACAUUUGUUUGUGAUAUAUCAAUAACAAAAGGAUGUUUACUAGCGGAUAUUUAAAGUUAAUAAAACUACAGCUGAUUUACAUCAUUAGUUCUCUUCAACACGGAUUUCCGUUUUCUCAAACACCAAUGAUAACCAGUGAUACAGGUUUUUUUGAUACGGUCAUUACAUGUAGCAUAACUGGUCAGGAAACGGUCCCGGUAAGUUUUUAUGAAGAGGACAGACUUGUAGUUCAAAUAAAGACCAGCAGCGGGUAUUGCCAACAAGAUCCACCAAACCUACCGAAUAACGUUAGAUGUUCUUGCUUGGGAGUAAAUGCUUCAUGUACUGUUUCCACUGGGGCGCAUGGCGAUACUUGUACAAGAUGGAAAUGCGCAGUACCAAUCAAAGGUGUUCUACAAUACAGCCAGGGUGUGAACGUGUGCAGAAUAAAACACACACGUCUUACAACGAAGAUCAUCGACGCAGACAAUUGCUCCAACAAUUUAUUUAAUGAAGUGAUAUGGACAAUUCACGGUUUGAACAUUAAAUAUAAUAUGAUAUUGUCUAUAUUGAAGACAUAUAAUACAGCCAAUUUGAGUUCAUUCAUGCAUAAAUACCAGACGCAUACUCGUGCAUCGAUAACUGCAUGUAGAUUGGAAACACUAGCAUACGAAGAAAAGACCCUUGAUAUUAUGGAUCCAUCAGAAUUAUGCGAGCUUGAUAGCUUAAUGCCCGUAAAUAAACCAUGUAACAUCACAGAUUUGAACCCGACAGUAUCUAUAAUUAGAGAACCAACUAUCGGUUCAAAAUGUCCAUCAAUCCCGAGGACACCAAUACCUGAAGUGUUGGCGCUGUGUGAUGCUGUUAACAGGGUAGAUGCAGGAGCACAAAAAUUCGUGGGCAACAAAGUCGGUCAUUUCAAACUGGAGCUUUUUUUCAGAGCGUCAGUUGGGGAAUUCUUUAUAGAAGGUUUCAUCAAUCAGACACACAUAACGUUUUAUGAUACCAACCCAGUAACGAUAUUAUGCCGCGGUGAUGGUCACCCAGCUCCGGAAAUUCUAUUAUUAAAAAACGGCUUUCAAUACAGUCGUGGAAAAUCGACGAUUCGAUAUACAAUGACACCAAGUGGCUCCCAUGAUACCGGAAUGUAUACAUGUGUAGCUGCUAAUGCACUUGGAAAAGACAGCAAGGCAAUUCAAAUCAACUUUCAUGUUGACAAAGACCUUCAUCAAGGUGAAACUGAGAAUACAAAUAAAAAAGAUGCUAAACAAUCAACAGUCUUUAUCGUUGCGGUGUGUUGCACUGUUGCUGGCAGUUUAUUUUUGUUGACACUUAGUGUGUGUAUUCUCAAGAGAGGUUACACAUGCGUGUCGCCGCUAGUAAGGAUUUUUCGUUCUACUACGAUACUGGAGAGCAAUAAUAACAUAAAUGCAAAUUCUGCGCAUUCAGAUAUGAAUACAGGAACCAACUACGCAUUUUUUGAAGGCCGGUUUCCAGAUGACGAAACACAUAGUUCCGGAGUUGUGAAUGUGCAUGUAUCGUCAAUAGAGAUUGCGGAAAUGUCACAUGCGUUCGACAAUGAAACUUACGCCGAAAGUAUAAAAAUAUUGGAGGAAGGACCGGUGAACAACUAUUGGCCAGGUCCAAAUCAUGCGCCUGGGUUUUGUCGACGGAAAUGCUCAACAGAUGAUCCCACAUAUUCCUGCGAGCUGGGAGCAAUUGACGCAAAUGAUGACGACACUCUGUGCAAUGGCGCUAUAGCUGCUGAUUUUGCGUUAUCAGCAACAAGAUGCACUUCAAAACCUGAACCUUCAGAAGACGCCAAAUGCAGUGCUGUCUCUAAGAAGUAACGACUAUAUGACGCCUCAAAUAACGGCAAAGCUACAAAGGCAGAACCAAACGAUUGCAUUGCCUAUGUUGUCAAUUCACCAUCGAUGCCAUAUGUGGGUAUCUACAGUGUUGUUAAUAAGAAGAAAACUAUACUGACGGCGCACUAUUUGUCGUUUGUUAUAACAUCGAAAGACCGAUGAUAACAAUGAAACUGGGGUAAGAAAAUACCAUAAGACUUGAUGACUUCACUUAAAGCGUUGUAAAAAAGAAACGACGACCAUACGACAUCAUAGUUAGCGUUGUCAAUUCAAAGACAAUGCUAGAUGAAGGCUCUGAGAAUACUGAAUAUUAUGCAAAGGAUGACCGCGCAUAUAUGAAUGGGCUGUGGAGCGGAUUAUGUCGCCGACGAUGAUAAUAUGCUAGUCCACUACACCUUUUGACCGUGCCAUUGACAUCCGUGCCAUGGGAGAGAUUGUUCUCAAAAACAGGUCUCCUUGUUACAAAGGCUAGCCACCGCAUCAGACACAAGCUAGUGGACAAAGUCAUUUGCUUGACCAAAUGAACGCUGUUGUUUUGUGUAUGUUCUGCAUUUACAUGUAUGUUUGCUGAUUAGUUUAAACUGUGAGACAAAAUAAACAUUGUGUACUUAUAUAACUUUUAACAUGUAUACUUUUACACAGGAGGAAAUAAAUACAAAAAAGGAUAUAUUUUCAAAAGUAUUAAAAUAAUGUUAUAAUACAUUUAAUAAGAAAUUGAUAUGUAAUAAACCCAAGGGACCUCAAAUAACUUUCGUUUCUAUAGAGUGCAUGUACGAGCUGUAUGAAAUGUUUAACGAAUACUUAAAUAUUUUUACUUUUAAACAUUUUCGGUUAACCGGUUAAUAACCGGUUACGGCAAAAGGUUUACCAGUUAAUUAAUUUGUAACGUAUUUCAUCCCUUAUUUAAAAAGUAGUUGAAAUGAUUGUUUCAGCAGUCUAUGUUAAUCUGUAUUAUUGUUAAAAAUAGCACAAUUAUUGUUAAAAUCUUAAGUGAAUUUUAUUAAUAUUUGUGAUUGUCUUUGGUGUUUUGGUUGGGCUAUAUCUUGUUUGAAUCAGUAAUCGUGCGUAUAUGAAAAAAUACUUAUUUCUUGUUCAAAUGACGUUGUGUUUUGUGUUGUUGUUUAGAUAGUACACUGUAUUUUAAUCUCUUGAGAAGUAACAAGCUGUUUGGAAUACCAGACUAUCUAGUUAUAGGAGUUGAACUGUUAGAUUUUCUAUAACAAAUGAGCCAAGUGGUAACAUAUAAAAAUGCGUGUAAACAAAUGGAUUAAAUUAUUUUAGUUUGUUGAAUAAAUAAAAUGUACAGUUUGCA